GGUAGCCUUGUGGAACAACCAUGAUCUCCAAGCCUGCGAUGAUGUCACACUGCUACAAGGAAGGCGAAGGUCAUGUCCCUACUCGUGUCCUCGGGUGUUCUCAUGGACAUAAAUUCGGAGAUGACGGUUCAGAAUGGAUUCAAUAACCUUUUGAUAUCCAUUAGCAGACGGCUUAAUCAUUGACAUGACCUUUAAAGAGCGCAGCACACGUCAUAGCAGGCGUCGGCGAGCAGGUCACUGCCGGCCGCAGACGGGCCUCCAGAGAGCCCCGUCAGGCUCUCUGGAAGAGCGUGGUAGAGCCUCUUCAGAGCUCGGCGGACUCGGGGCAGUAGUCCAUGCCCCAGCCCUUUGGUGCUCUGUUGAAAUCGGGCCUCCGAGACAUGCAGUUCCGGCUGCUGGCUGGAAGGCUCUGGGCUUCCAGGGCUUCACAGCUCAUGACUGGGAUCACCCUCCUGCUGGUCAUUGGCCCCCCGAACGGGAGCGCCGAUCUGGGAACGAGAAGCAGAAAGGGUUCAGGGCGGCGUGGAGCUGAGCGGUAGGAGCGAUGUACGGGCUACUGUGUGAGAGUCUCCACGACUUCAUCAAGGAGUCCUACGGGGAUGACGUCUGGAAGCUGGUCCGGGAGCGGGCCGACGUCCGUCUGCACUCCUUCGUCACCCAUCAGGUGUACAGUGAGAGUGUCAUCCCCCGCAUUGCCAAGGCGGCCAGCGGGGUGACCGGGACCCCCUACAACGAGCUGAUGAACUCCUGGGGCGUGUACUUCCUGGGGUUCGUAGGGAAGUACGGCUAUGACAGGAUCCUCAAGGUGCUAGGCCGUCACGUGCGUGACUUCGUCAACGGCCUGGACAACCUGCACGAGUACCUGCGCUUCAGCUACCCCAAGGUCCAGCCCCCCACCUUCUUCUGCCAGGAGGAGUCGGCCACCGGCGUCACCCUCCACUACAGGAGCAAGCGUAAGGGCUACCUACACUACGCCAUGGGUCAGCUGCGGCAGAUGGGGAAGCAGUUCUACGACACGGACAUCCACGUGGAGGUGCUCUCUGAGCAGCUGGUGGGAGACUACUCCCACGUCACCAUGAGGCUGAACUUCGACAACUCGGCCUACCGCUACAUCAUGAAGGAGGACGAGGAGGAGCAGGAGAUCCUGCCCAUCACCUCGGACUUCUUCUUUGAAGUCUUCCCCUUCAACAUCGUCUUCAGACAGGACAUGGUGGUACACAACGUGGGCUCAGGUCUGGCCACAGUCUUCCCUGACCUGGACGGGAAGAAGAUCAACGAUGCCUUCCUGCUCGCUCGCCCUCUAGUGGAGCUGGCCUGGAACAAUAUCAUCUCACACCCCAACAACCUGUUUGAGAUCAUGUCCAAGGAGCCCGUGAAGAGGGAGAGGAACCUUCACAACAGAGUCCAGAACUCCGACUGCGAGAACGCCAACCGCCUGGCCGACGUGGACGUGGAGCUGAUGGCCUUCCAGUCCAUCAUCGGAGACGACUACAAAGACGGGAACAGUGCCAACGUGAUGGAGAGCUGGGGUGACGGAACCCGCUGCCUCAAGCUGAAGGGACAGAUGAGAUACAUGCCGGAGUGGGAGUCCAUCAUCUUCCUGGGGACCCCCGUGAUGGAGAGUCUGAGUGCCAUGUUUAAGACAGGUCUGUAUAUUAAUGACCUGAGCAUGCACGACUCCAGCAGAGACCUGGUGCUGGCAGGCACGCAACAGUCUGAGGAGCUCAAACGAGCUCUCAUACAGGAGCAGAAGAAGUCCAGUAAGCUGGAGGAGAGCAUGAAGAUGCUGGACUACGAGAUGAAGAAAACCGACGACCUCCUGUACCGGAUGAUCCCCAAGCCCGUCGCCAAGAGGCUGCGCAAGGGAGAGCCCGCCGUCAACACGUGUGAGGUGUUCCCCGAUGUGACCAUCCUGUUCAGCGACGUGGUGGGAUUCACUCGCAUCUGCAGCCACAUCACGCCCAUGCAGGUGGUGUCCAUGCUGAACACCAUGUACACGCUGUUCGACACGCUCAGUGAGAAGCACCGUGUCUUCAAGGUGGAGACCAUCGGGGACGCCUACAUGGUGGUGGCCGGGACCCCGGAGAAGACCAAGUACCACGCCCACAACAUCUGUGACAUGGCCCUGGACAUGGUCCGCUCCAUAGACCACCUCAAGGACCCCUCCAACGGCAACAACAUACAGAUCCGCGUCGGGAUCCAUUCUGGGAUGGUGGUGGCGGGGGUGGUGGGCCACAAGAUGCCUCGCUACGGUCUCCACGGCGACACGGUCCACACGGCCUCAGCCAUGGAGAGCAACGGCAAGGAGAUGCACAUCCAACUCAGCAGCGCCACCUACGAGCACCUCAAGGGAAGCCACUUCAUCUUCGAGAGGAGGGGCACCAUCACCAUCAAGGGCAACGUGGAGAUCGAGACCUACUGGCUGAACGGGAAGCGAGACAAGGACGGGAACGCCCAGGCCGCGUGCCCCCAGUUCGAGACCCGGACCAUCGACAAGUCCAUCAACAAGGCCGCCAACCCGGGCUCCGAGGCCCCAGGGGAGGACAAGGGCCAGGUCUUCCCACUGGCCCCGGGAGACAACGAGGAUGAAGUCAAGUCCAUCCCCUCCCACCGUAUCAAGAUGGAGAUAUCAGGCCACUCGCUGGAGCGGCCCCUAGAGAAGGGCCGACUGGAGGAGCUGUCUGUCCAGAAGUCCCACUACCAAGACAACCUUCAGGACGGCCUCCGCUCCCACCUGAAGAUGAGCUCCCCCGACGGCUCCCACGACUCCCACAGCUCAGAGAAGAGCACCAUGUGCUCCGUCUCGUAGACCAGACGCUAGCCGCCGCUAGCCGCUAGCCACCACUAGACGCUGGCUGAGGCUGGCCGACGCUAUAGCCCAUGUGGUUGAAAUGAGAAUCAUGUUGGGGAUGUUUCUUUGUUGUUGCGUGCCAAUCUCCCUUCUUUACUUUUCCAUUUAGCCCCGACGGCUAGGCUAACCGUUUGGGCUGGACUUUCCAUAUGCUGCUCUUGCGCUUCUUCCCAUUCCCAAACACUCAGGAAUAAGCACACAAUGUUGCUAUAAUACGAUAUUUAUGAAUGGACAGAGUUGGUGUGAGGUUUCUGAUAAAGAGCCAGUGAACCAUUUCACUGUUUCAGCUGGAAGUCGAACAGUGUGAGAUUUAAACAUGAAGAAAAGCGUUUUGGGUUGCGAGUUUUAGCACAGUGUUUUAUCCCCAUGGUUACGACCCACGCCAACUUUGUGAUGCUUUUUUAGUAACGUUGUUUUGUAUGAUGUGUUAUAAUGAGUGACGUUGAAUAUGUAACGCGCCACACACCGUAGCGUUAUACUAAAGGUGACCAGGAACCCUCACCCUCACUCGGACACCAACAUUAAAUACAUCGCUGCUCAGAUGGAGCCUCAGCGUUAUCCUGUAAGGGUUAGGGUUAGGGUUACUUCCUCUCACCGCCGCAGUCAACUGCUGCCAAGACAGAGCUCCACACACACACACACACACACACACACACACACACACACACACACACACACACACACACACACACACACACACACACACACACACACACACACA